UGUGGAGCUGAAGCGAGAGAGAGGAGAAGAGAAGAAGCGGCAGCGCUUCAUGUUAAACUCGUGUGAUUGUACGUUUCUGUUCACCAAACACGGCUCAUUCAAUCUUUUCUCACAUUUAAACUCGAUUUAUUCCUGACAAGAUGGACAUGAAGAAGAGGAUUCACUUGGAGCUGCGGAACAGGACGCCCUCAGACGUGUGCGAGUUGGUGCUGGAUAACUGUCGCUCUGAUGAGGGGAAGGUCGAGGGUCUGACGUCAGAGUUUGUGAACCUGGAGUUCCUCAGUCUGAUUAAUGUGGGUCUAACAUCAAUCUCCAACCUUCCCAAACUGCACAAACUCAAGAAGCUGGAGCUGAGUGAUAAUCGGAUCUCGGCUGGUCUGGAGGUUCUGGCAGAGAAACUGCCCAACCUCACACACCUCAAUCUGAGUGGCAACAAACUGAAGGACCUGAGUAUGCUGGAGCCACUGAGGGAUCUGCCCCGUCUAAAGAGUCUGGACCUGUUUAACUGUGAGGUCACGACCCUGGAUGAUUACAGGGCGAGUGUGUUUAAGCUCCUCCCCCAGAUCACCUACCUGGACGGUUAUGACCCAGAGGACCGAGAGGUGAGCGACUCGGAUGCAGAGGGAGGUGACGAAGAUGAGGAUGAAGUGAACUCGGAGGAAGAGGAGGAUGAGGAUGAAGAUGGAGAAGAGGAUGAGGACGAGGAAAAUGAUGAGGAGGAGGAUGAAGAGGGAAGUGUAGAUGAGGAGGAAGACUCGGGUCAGGAUGAGGAUGAGGAAGACGAUGAUGAUGAGGAGGAGGAGGAAGAAGAAGAUGAGGACAACUGUAAAGGAGAAAAGAGAAAACGAGACCCAGAGGAUGAAGAUGAUGAAGAGGAGGAGGAUUGAGUUCCAUUGUGUGUGUGCGCGCGUGUGUGUAUGUGAAGUUUUAAUGGGUUGGAUUACACUGAGGUUUGUUUGUUUGUUUUUUUUGUUUUUUUAAACCCUACUCAGACCCCAUGUUGACUUUUUUUUUGUACUUUUGUUUUUUUCUGUUUUGUCCAAAUUGAGUACAGACUUUGUAAAUAAAAUGUGUGGGUUUUUAUUA